AUGCCUUCCACUUGUCCUUCUUGCACACAUGUCAGCCAAGACCCAAACGCCACAUUUUGCUCCAAGUGUGGCAGCACUUUUAACGGCGCCGCGAACUUGAACAAUGUUGUGGCUUCCCCCGUAGCUUCUGCUUAUGCCGUGCCAGUGUCUCCGCUUCUGGUGGCCGCUCCAGGCCAAGUGCUCAAACCAGAUGGCACCUGUGCCCAUGUGAGCACCGACAGAGAAAUGACAUGCUUGGGGGUGUGCCUUGCUUCCUGCACUUACGAGAGCCACGACGACAGCGCCACGUUUUGCUCCAUGUGCGGAAACGCGUACAAUGCCAAUCUUGUAAUUGUCACGCCCGUGGCUACCGUAUACGAAGCACAUCCGGUAGCGGCGUCGCCCGUCGCUGCCUCCCCUCUCCUUGUGACUGCGACCGGCCAAGUCCUCAAACCCGACGGCACCUGCGCGCAUGUUCGUGCCGACAGUGAUUUUACGAUCUGCGGGAUCUGCUGCGGCAUUUGCUUCUUCCCUGCUGGCAUUAUAUGUUGCCUCCUCAUGCAAGAGCGUCAUUGCAGCCAUUGCAGGGUCGUUUUGCCAUAA